CCGGUCAUGUGACUGAUAGACUCCCCUGGCGAGUUGUUCCCAUCUCCCACAGUCAUGGCGGUGUCGGGGAGUCGCGAAGAUGGAGUAAACACCACUACUACAACAUCUUGAUUUUUUCCCCUUUUACUUCAUGCUGGACUCUUACCUGCUGUCAUCCGAGAUAUCGCGAACAUCCCGCUGGCUGCUGUGCUUCCAACGAUGGCCGACCGCGGCGUUGAUCUGGCGGCUCUGCCUAAAGAGGUCAGGGACCAGCUGGCGGAGUUGGAUCUGGAGCUAUCCGAAGGUGACAUUACACAGAAGGGCUACGAGAAGAAAAGGACCAAACUCCUGGCUCCCUACAUCAUCCACACUCCAGUGGAGCCACCGCCUCAGAAUGACGUGCAGCCUCCCGCUCCAAGUUCCUCCUCCAGCCACGCCCCUCCCCCCUCCAGCUCAUCCCGGUACCGAGAACGUCGCUCCCGCAGAACACACCGCGGUGGAGGGACCAGGGAUGACCGCUACAGAUCAGAUAUCCAUACUGAGGCAGUACAAGCUGCCCUGGCUAAACAUAAGGAGGAGAAGAUGGCACUGCCCAUGCCUACCAAGCGGCGCUCUACUUACGUCCAGUCUCCUAUUGAAACCCGCACACCACCAGACUCUUCAUCAGGCUCUGAAGAUGAGACAUCUGCGCGCAGGCAGUCAUCAGUGGUCGCUCCCCCGCCUGUCAAUCCCAACCUGCAGAGCCCAGACUCUUGGAUCAACCGCUCCGUCCAGGGCUCCUCCACCUCCUCCUCGGCCUCCUCCACCCUGUCCCACGGGGAGGCCAAACCGCAGCCUCAGAGCCAAGCUCAGCCUCAGCCGCAGUACAAACCGCAGUACCAACCUCUGUAUCAGCCUCACUACCAGCCUCAGCACCAGCCUCAGCACCAGCCUCAGCACCAUCCACAACACCAUCCACAACACCAUCCACAGCACCAUCCACAACACCAUCCACAGCACCAUCCACAUGAGCAGCCCCACACCGCAGCUGUGACAGACAUGCUGGCUCACAGCCGCAUCGCCCCCUCAGAGAACAGCGCCCCCCCUCCAGAUGUUACAGCUGGAGCACCUCCAGGCAGAGGCCCGCGGGUGGACCUGCCCUCCAACGCCGUGGUUCGGGGUAUGAGCCGUGGGCAGAGCCGCUCAAGCAUGAUGGAGACUGCGGACGGGGUCCCUGUGAACAGCAGAGUGUCCACUAAGAUCCAGCAGCUUCUCAACACCCUGAAAAGGCCUAAGAGGCCCCCACUCAGCGAGUUCUUCACCGACGACUCGGAGGAGAUUGUAGAAGUGCCGCAGCCGGACCCAAACACACCCAAGCCGGAGGGCCGUCAGAUCAUCCCAGUGAAAGGAGAGCCUUUGGGAGUGGUCAGUAACUGGCCCCCAGCCCUGCAGGCAGCAUUGGCCCGUUGGGGGGCCACUCAGGGGAAGAGCCCCGCCCUCACUGCUCUUGACAUCACAGGCAGACCGCUCUAUACACUGACUUAUGGGAAGCUGUGGAGUCGCAGUGUGAAGCUGGCUUACACCCUCCUGAACAAGCUGGGAAACAAGAACGAGCAAAUCCUCAAACCUGGAGACAGGGUGGCGCUGGUGUACCCCAACAGCGACCCCGGGAUGUUCUGGGUGGCCUUCUACGGCUGCCUCCUGGCUGAGGUUAUUCCUGUACCUAUUGAGGUACCACUGUCUCGCAAGGAUGCAGGUAUCAGCCAGGUGGGGUUUCUGCUGGGUAGCUGUGGUGUUGGUCUGGCUCUGACCAGUGAGAUCUGUUUGAAGGGUCUCCCCAAGACACCCACAGGGGAAAUACUGCAGUUCAAAGGCUGGCCUCGACUAAAGUGGGUGGUGACAGACUCAAAGUACCUGACCAAGCCCUCCAAAGACUGGCAGCCGCACAUCCCCACCGCCAACACUGACCCUGCAUAUAUAGAGUACAAGGCGAGUAAAGAAGGCACAGUGGUGGGUGUGGCUGUGUCUAAAGUAGCCAUGUUGACCCACUGCCAAGCACUGACCCAGGCCUGCAACUACUGCGAAGGGGAAACUCUAGUGAAUGUCCUGGACUUUAAGAAGGAUAUGGGCCUAUGGCAUGGUGUUCUCACGGCUGUGAUGAACAGGAUACACACUAUUAGUGUUCCCUAUGCAGUAAUGAAGGCUUGUCCACUCUCCUGGGUACAGAGGGUCCACAUCCACAAAGCUCGUUUAGCUUUGGUGAAGUGCCGUGAUCUCCACUGGGCCAUGAUGGCUCAUCGGGACCAGAGAGACACCAGCCUGGCCUCAUUACGUAUGCUCAUUGUUGCUGAUGGUGCUAAUCCCUGGUCGGUGUCUUCCUGCGAUGCCUUCCUGAACGUGUUUCAGUCCCACGGGCUGAAGCCUGAGGUCAUCUGUCCCUGUGCCACCUCCCCCGAGGCCAUGACAGUAGCUAUACGCAGACCAGGGGUACCCGGUGCACCCCUUCCCGCCCGUGCCAUUCUUUCACUGGGCGGCCUUAGCCACGGCGUCAUCAGGGUCAACACAGAGGACAAGAACUCCGCUCUGACUGUGCAAGAUGUGGGGCAUGUCAUGCCUGGAGCUCUGAUGUGCAUUGUUAGGCCUGAUGGGCCUCCUCAGCUGUGUAAAACAGAUGAGAUAGGAGAGAUAAUAAUCAACUCUCGUGCUGGAGGCAACAUGUACUACGGCCUGCCUGGACUCACAAAAAACACCUUCGAGGUAAUACCUGUUAACGCUAAUGGAGUUCCCAUUGGAGAGAUUCCAUUUGUGCGCUCGGGACUCCUGGGGUUUGUUGGCCCAGGCAGUCUGAUCUUUGUGGUGGGGAAGAUCGAAGGUCUGCUGAUGGUGAGCGGGCGGAGACACAACGCUGACGACCUGGUGGCCACCGCUCUGGCCGUGGAGCCGGUCAAGACUGUGUACCGUGGCAGGAUCGCUGUGUUUUCAGUCACAGUGUUCUAUGAUGAGAGGGUAGUGAUUGUGGCAGAGCAGAGGCCAGAUGCCAGCGAGGAGGACAGCUUCCAGUGGAUGAGUCGAGUGCUUCAGGCUAUUGACAGCAUCCACCAGGUGGGCCUCUACUGUCUGGCUCUGGUCCCGGCCAACACCUUACCUAAAACACCCCUGGGUGGCAUCCACAUCUCUGACACCAAGCAGUACUUCUUAGACGGCAACCUGCACCCCUGCAACAUCCUCAUGUGUCCCCAUACAUGUGUCACCAACCUGCCCAAGCCCCGGCAGAAGCAGCCGGUUGGCGUAGGUCCUGCGUCCGUCAUGGUGGGCAACCUGGUGGCAGGGAAGAGGAUUGCCCAGGCCGCAGGCAGGGACCUCGGCAUGAUCGAAGACCAGGAUCUCGUCCGGAAGCUCUGUAUGUGGCCCACUGUGAUGCAUCAGUAUUUGACAGAGGCUCUACACUGGAGGGCACAGACAGACCCAGACCAUGUCCUCUUUGUUCUUCUUAAUGCUAAGGGUGUAACAGUGAGCACCGCAUCCUGCGUCCAACUUCAUAAGCGGGCAGAGAAGAUCGCUGCGGCGCUCACCGAGAAAGGCAGCAUCAACACUGGAGAGAACGUAGUACUGCUCUAUCCUCCUGGCAUUGAUUUGAUAGCCGCUUUCUAUGGCUGUCUCUACGCUGGAUGUGUUCCCGUAAACGUCAGACCUCCACACCCUCAGAACCUGGCGGCCACAUUGCCUACUGUCCGCAUGAUUAUUGAUGUCAGUAAAGCUGCGUGUAUCCUUACCACUCAAAACCUCAUGAGGACUCUGCGCUCCAAAGAGGCUGCUGCCUCUGUGAACAUUAAAACGUGGCCAACAAUCAUCGACACAGAUGACCUUCCCCGCCGUCGGCCUCCACAGAUCUAUAAGCCGCCCACGGCAGAGAUGAUAGCCUAUCUGGACUUCAGCGUGUCCACCACAGGCAUGCUCACUGGGGUUAAGAUCUCUCAUGCAGCAGUUAGUGCACUUUGUCGCUCCAUAAAGCUACAGUGUGAACUGUACUCCUCUCGCCAAAUAGCCAUCUGCCUGGAUCCUUACUGUGGUCUGGGCUUUGUCUUGUGGUGCCUCGCAAGUGUUUACUCAGGUCACCAAUCCAUCCUGAUUCCUCCCUUUGAGUUGGAGAGCUGCUCGUCUCUGUGGCUGAGCACACUCAGUCAGUACCGCAUCAGAGACACCUUCUGCUCCUACUCUGUCAUGGAGCUCUGCACUAAAGGGCUGGGCACUCAGACUGAGUUACUCAAGGCUCGUGGUGUGAACCUCUCAUGCGUGCGGAGCUGUGUGGUGAUAGCGGAGGAACGCCCCCGCCUGGCCCUCACACACUCCUUCUCCAAGCUGUUUAAGGAUGUGGGGCUGUCGUCCAGAGCUGUCAGUACUGCUUUUGGCUCCAGGGUGAACUUGGCCGUCUGCCUGCAGGGCACUACUGGUCCUGACCCAUGUACAGUGUAUGUGGACAUGAAGUCCCUCCGCCAUGACAGAGUGAGGCUGGUGGAGAGAGGAGCACCUCAAAGUCUUCCUCUAAUGGAGUCUGGCAAGAUACUGCCAGGUGUGCGGGUGAUAAUCGUGAAUCCAGAGACCAGAGGCCCACUGGGUGAUUCUCAUCUUGGAGAGGUCUGGGUGAACAGCCCUCACAAUGCCAGUGGCUACUACACCAUCUAUGGAGAGGAGAGUCUUCAGGCCGACCACUUCAAUACCAAACUCAGCUUCGGAGACCCGCAGACCUUAUGGGCCAGAACCGGAUACUUGGGUUUUGUGAAGAGGACUGAACUGUUGGAUGCCAGUGGCGAUCGGCAUGAUGCUCUCUUUGUGGUGGGCUCACUGGAUGAGACCUUGGAGCUACGAGGGUUGCGUUACCACCCAAUCGACAUUGAAACCUCAGUGUCCCGGGCUCACCGCAGUAUUGCUGAGAGUGCUGUGUUUACAUGGACCAACCUGCUGGUGGUGGUGUCGGAGCUGUGUGGUUCAGAGCAGGAUGCACUGGACCUGGUGCCUCUGAUAACCAACGUGGUCCUGGAGGAGCACCACCUCAUCGUGGGUGUGGUGGUUAUUGUGGACCCUGGUGUUAUACCCAUCAACUCCAGGGGAGAGAAGCAACGUAUGCACCUACGCGACUCUUUCCUCGCUGACCAGCUGGAUCCCAUCUAUGUUGCUUACAACAUGUGAGGGGCUUGUUUAGCCAUCAUCCACAGUCUGGAUGCUUCUGCACCAUCAUCUUAACAUUUGACUACUGACUUGGCAGAUGAUGAGAAGGAAAAGCAUGAACUACAUAUACUGCUACCCAGCCCCUGUGUGACACCAGCAUAUCUUGGCCACUGCAUGUCUGUGAUUGGAUCUGCCAUGUUUGGAGUUGUUCACUGUGUUUUAUAGAUAGAAUAUUGCAAAUGGGAUUGAAGCAACAUGUGUUGCUUAUGGCAAAGAAAAAAAAAGUCCCUGUUGCACUUUUUUGGGGAAAGGGGCAAGCGACACAUACAACAGGACCACUUUUAAUAUAAAUACUAUAUUAAUGUCUUUGUGAAAAUCCAUCUUCUUAUUCUAUACUUACCACAAACCUCUUAAAAUGCUUUCCCUUAUGUGUCUACACAGAUUCCAAGAGCUACUUAACUUAAAUCAACAACUUGAAAUAUUUUCACAUGCAGCUUUCAAACUAAUGCACACAAAUGCAUGUGCUGAGACCUUGUCAUUUCUCACUAACAUGGAUGAAUAAGAGGGCACAUGAAAGCAAACCUUGAAACUAGUAGCUAGUCUCAGUCAGUGUACAUUAUUUAAAAUGCUUAUUUUGUCCCAUGAUAAUGAAGCCAAAUAGAUUUUUCUGCCCUCAUAUAUAUUUCCUGCCUUAUAAAACUUCAGCCAUACAUUCCUAUCUUAAUUUUUAAUGAAUCCGUUAUUAAUGGCUGUUUAUUCUCGUUUGGUUUUGACUAGUAAUGGAAAUCCCGACAGAUAUCCAAAGGGUUUAAAGUAAAAGAGGAAAGGGGCCAUAUUCUGUACUGUAUCUAUAAAGGCCUCCUUGUAUUUUAGAUACUGUAUGUUUCUGUAUAGAUAUUUUUAAUUGUAUAAAUGUAUAAAUGCUUGACUCAUCUCUCUCAGUUGAUGGUUUCUGGAUAGUUAAGAUGGGAGAUUACAAUAGUAGCAGAAAGACAAUUGUAAAUAAGACUGGACAGUACUUUUGAGGUGGAAUAUUAGUUGGAGGGUAAAAAUGAAUAACUUUAAAGCAUUGUUAGUCAGAAUAGAUGUAACAUUGCACUUUCUCUAAAAUUGUCUAUUUUAUUAUAACAAUGAGGCAUUAUGACGAAUGGUACAGGAGCAUAUAUUAUUCUUAGGAAUCUUGCUUGAGGGUAUUUGAGAGUUUACCAGGAGGGCUAUCACUGUUAAUACCAGGGAAAAAAAACAUGGUGUGAUGAGAAAGCUAAAACCAAUAUCAUGACUGUUUUCAGGCUACCAGGUUAUUUUAACGUAACAAAAAGAAAAUAGGCCCCCAUCUGUUCAUCUAAUAUCCAUUGCCAUUGUACUUUGUGUUGCUAAAGAUUCACACCCCUCUCAGUUUUGUACUGCAUAGUAGAGCAAGUGUUUGAGAGUUCGGCCCUUUUCCUUUUCCUCUCUACACUCUACGUUCAUUAGGACUGUGUUUUGUGUUUGUGCAACUCUGUAAAGAAUUACUUUGAAUUCCAACAGGAUUGUUGUUGGUACUGUAAGUCUGUAGUCAAUAGAGGCAAGUCAUCAUGUAUCUGGAUUAUUUUGUGUUCAGUCACUGGAUUUAUAAGCACUUGUGAAUGCAGUUGCGAAGCUGAGCCACAUCUGAAACAUCUUUGAUUGGCACGUAAAGUAAGUGUAUGAAAAAGAAAAGGGUAAAAAAAAUAUUUGCAUUAAGAUGUUUUUGCGAAAUGUAUUUGGUUUCCUGCAACCUUGUGCUUUCCUUGUGCUCCUUGCCAUAAUUUAUAGGUUCUUUGUACAGGAUAAUACUGUAUUUCAGUGAUGAACCCUUAAUGUCAACAUGUAAAUAGUUUUUGUUAUUUUUGGACUUUUGCAAUUGUCCCAUUAUAACAUUCAAUCAUGCCAAACACAUUAUUAAGAAGAUGUUUAAUUAUUUCAAGGUAAACAGGAGUAUGAUCCAUUGAAUUACUGCACUUUGCACUGGUGGUACUCACAGUAGGUUUCUACUGUGUGGACUCAAGAUUUGAUUUAACUAUCCCCAUUUCAUCUUAGAUUAAAUGUGCUAAUAAUUUUAGAAAUAUAAUGCUUUAUAUUUGUUUUUGCUCAGUUUUAAGUCUAACUUGAAAAAAGACUAAUAGCACUUCAUCCUAGCUUUAACAUUGCAUCCUAUGUUAGCAGCAGAGUGUUUGCAUGACUCAGCCAAGCACACAAAGAAAUCAGCUUGAGGCACAUCUCAUCUGGAGGCACAGGUGGGGGAGAUAUGUAUGUAUGAAACUGUACAUUCAGGGAACAAAACUCAUAACACAGGGAUGGACCAGGUGGUCCCUUGGUGCAAUCUGUGAAUACUACCCAUAAAAUGUAGACGUUUGUCAAAACAAAUUUCCUUGUAAUCACUGCGGAUCUUGCAAACCUAAUGAGCAAAAAGAGGGGUUACGGGCAACCAGUGUCCAUCUACCAUCUACCUGCUUCGCUAGGAAGUCAACAAGGGCUUCCUUUGGUUUCCACUCUUUUUCUCCGUCAGAGUUCUUACACACUAUGCAAUCCCAAAGACAGUGCAAUUUAAUUUCAUAGCUUGCACAGUCUGGUGAAUUAUACAUGCUUAUACAUUUUGUAAUAACAAAGAACAGAGGACUGAUGAAAUCUAACCAGUAGUGUACUUAAGACUGUAUUCAUCUCUGUUGAGUUGUUCUAUCAAUAUUUUGUGUAUGCACUCUUGAUAUGUUGUAUAUUAAUUAUUUGGUAAAUUCUAAAUUGCUCCAUUAGGGCGUGAUCCACUGAUGAAUCUUUAAUGCUAGAGAGGUGUUUUAACUCGUGUAGUUAAGAAAUCAAGGUGGUACACCCCUUCCCACUUUUCUCACUUAUUUUCUAUUUUGGUUUGUUGUACUUUGUUUUAUACUUUAUGUAAAAGUAAUACAUAAUAAACAAAAACAUUUAAUCAUUUAA